CGUCACCAAACAUUAUUUAUUUUUUUUUUAAAAAAAAAAUUGAAAAACAGUUUAUGUAUUGUUAUUCUUACAAUUCACCCAACGGUCGAAUUUUCAUCGAUCUAGAGAGAGAAAGAGAUGAGGCAGAGAAAGGUGCGGCAAGAGGUCUCAGAAACCCUAGUAAAGGAAUCUACAGUAGGCGAUGGAGAAAUUAACAAAGGGUUCUUCGCUUGCUACCUACUGGUCUCCCUCAAUCCUCGUCACAAAAGCCACACCUAUAUUGGAUUCACUGUGAAUCCACGGCGUCGUAUCAGGCAACACAACGGCGAGAUCGGUUGUGGUGCAUUCCGAACCAAGAAGAAACGCCCUUGGGAGAUGGUCUUAUGCAUCUAUGGCUUCCCAACUAACGUUUCUGCUUUGCAGUUUGAGUGGGCUUGGCAGCACCCGACAGAAUCCUUGGCGGUAAGGAAGGCGGCCGCAAGCUUUAAAUCACUCUCUGGAAUUGCUAAUAAGAUUAAGCUUGCAUACACAAUGCUUACACUCCCAUCUUGGCAGAGUAUGAAACUCACUGUGAACUUUUUCUCGACAAAGUACACAAAACAUUCUGCUGGCUGUCCAAGCUUGCCAGGACACAUGAGGGUUAAGGUUUGCCCCAUGGAUGAGCUUCCUUGCUAUGUUGAAUGGGAUGGAAGCUUGAAUGGAAAUGAAGAUGAAUGGGAUAAUGAAGAAUUGGAUGGAGGAGCUUGUGAUGCUACUAAAUUUUCAGAGGACACAUCUUCAGAUUCUAUACAGGAAAAUUCAGAAGAAGAUGAUAAUAAUGGGUUUGAGAAGAUUAUUAGUGAACUGUGUGAAUCUAUUAACGAAGGAGAAGGUAGUAAAAAACAGUCUAGCUUUUCAGAAAUGACUGGAAGACCAUCCUCAAAUGUUAGCAGUAGCUCAUUUACAAGAGAAGAUAUUGGUGUUGCUGAAGAUACAGUUUCCUCUGGGAUUAACAAACAUAAGAAUUUUGAACUGAAACGACCAGCAAUGGAACAAUCUGCACCUCUAGUGAUUGAGGAUUAUGAUGAACCACCUAGAAAGCGUUACAUUGUGCCCAGCGAAGUAGAGGUGAUAGAUGUAAGGACUCCGUCUCCAGUUGUGUGCAGAAGUAGUUUGUGGGGCAGUAACUUCUGUCAAAGAGAGAGGAAUAAAGAACGCCAUACUACUCUACCUAGUGAAACAGAGGUUAUAGAUUUAACGAGUCCAUCACCUCUGUGUAGAAGUAGUUUAUGGGUUAGUUUGAUUGACUAAGACUUUGCCUAAAAGUCAUUAGAUUGGAAACGAAACCUUGUAGAAGAGUAAGAUAAGAGAAAAUGCUUGUUGUUGCUGUCGUAGAAAAUGCUUGUUUUCUGUGUAAUAAUAUAAUGAUGCCUUGUGUAAUAAUAUUUAUUGAAAAGUGCCUUACACUUUGAUCUAUUUAUGUAUGAAAAGGCAACAUUUCUUAUGUGAAUACUCGACUAUUAUUGAAUAUUGAGAGCAAUAAGAAAUGACAGAUUACACUA